AUGGUCGACGCCGUCCUCCCUAUCGCCAACUUCAAAGAAGGCAAAAGUUUCUAUGUCUGGUCCGGCACGAAGUAUGCUAGAUGCCAAUUUCAUGGCCAAGGAGAGCAGAUCAUGUCUGGUCCAUAUGACACCCGGUCCAGGUGGAACAGCUUCCAAAAGGCAGGCUGGGGUGCAGUGGAUGCUGUCAUUCCAUCACCUAGCGAACAGAAUAUCUUUUACGUCUUCCACGGAGCGCAUUAUAUGCGAACCGCAAUUUACCCCGAAGAUGACCUUAAAGACGCUGCCCCCUAUGGUGCUGUCGCUACUGCAGCGGAGUGGAAAGGUCUAGUGGAUGCCGGAUUCGAAACUGUGGAUGCAGGUUGUCCUGAUCCGAUAGACAAGGACAACCUGUUUUUCUUUUCGGGCACAAAGACUUUGAAGUACAAAAUGUCGCAAGACAAGGUUAUCUGGGGGCCUAUGUCCAUCGCUGAGGGCUGGCCUUCCAUCAAGGAAGCUGGCUUCGACACGAUCGAUGCAAUUUUCACCAUGCACACGGACAACGACAUCUUUUACGUUUUCUGUGGUGAUCAGUAUGCAACGCUGAAGUGGGACGGAACUACAUGGGCUACAUUGGACUCUGGCCCAAAGCUCAUCAAAGAGAACUGGCCAUCAUUGAAGGAAUGGGUUUAA